AAAUAUGAAAAAUUCAUUCCACAAAUUUUCAGAGUGAAAAUCGGAGUUAUUGUGAAUUUUGUGAAGUUUUCAAGUUAUAUUUAGAAUUAUCCCACUUCUAAUCAUUGUUUAAGGAACCGUUUUUGAAGUUUUCAACAGUGUCCAACAUGGGCAAGAAGAAAGGAAAUUCUAACAAGCCGGAAGGUUCUGGCUCCCAGCAGAAUCCUCAAGAAGGUCAACAACAACAUCAAGGAGGACAACAGCAACCGCCAUCGGCUGCUCAGCGUCAGCAACCUCAACAACAGCAACCCAAUCCACAACAAGGCCAACAGCAGCAGCAGCAACCAGGACGAAAUAAUCCAAGACAAAACAAAAACCAGAAUAAACAGCAGAAGCCACAAGGAGGGCAACAGCCUGAAGCAGGACAACAACAGCCCCACCAUCAAGGUCAACAGCAGCCCCACCAUCAAGGUCAACAGCAACAACAUCAAGGAGGACAACAGCAACCGCCAUCGGCUGCUCAGCGUCAGCAACCUCAACAACAGCAACCCAAUCCACAAGGCCAACAGCAGCAGCAGCAGCAGCAACCAGGACGAAAUAAUCCAAGACAAAACAAAAACCAGAACAAGCAGCAGAAGCCACAAGGAGGGCAACAGCCUGAACCAGGGCAACAGCAGCCCCACUAUCAAGGUCAACAGCAGCCCCACCAUCAAGGUCAACAGCAGUAUCAUCAACAACAAGGCAAAAACCAGAAGCCACAGCAUCAUCAGCAAUUCCAACAUCCUCAACAAGGACAACGACAGCAAACAUCAACGGAUGAUCAGUAUCAGCCACGUCAACAACAACAGCAGCAACAGCAAGGACAAGGCAAAUAUCAAAAGAAGCAACAGACACAGGACGGCCAACAACAGCAACAAGGAAAGGGUGCUUGGAAGCAGCGAGAUGUACAACAGAAACAACAUGAUCAACCGGCACAACGUCAACCAUGGAACAAGAAUCAACAACAAGCAGAGAUGCAACGACCCCAACAACCACAGAGCCAACCUGAACAGCGGCAGUCUUCCGUCCCUCGAAGCGAUAAUUCCUCCCCGUCGCACGCUGCCGGCUUGGAACGCGUCGAGGAAAACCUGGGUGCCAUGAAACUGGACAAACAGAGGGUCCACACGUCGAAUCUACUGCCAGUGCUCCAGCGAGACAACACCUCUGGCACUCUCGGCACACCCAUCAGAAUGGAGGUGAACUAUGUUAGGCUAAUGAUUGAAAAAUUAAUCGGCAAAGCGUAUCAUUACGAUAUCAACAUACAACCGAUGGCAUCCCGGAUUUGGCAGCGUGCCGCCUUCGACGCGUUCGCGACUCAGGUACUGCCUAACUUUGCGUUUGCCUUCGAUGGCAACAAAAAUGCCUAUUCAGCCAAUCGGGUUCCGGCAGAUCACUAUAAGCAGGAUGUUAGAGUUUCCAACGGGGGUCGAGAAAGAACCUUCACAGUGGAGUUGAAGGAAGCGGCCGUCGUUGAUUUGGGAUCCCUCAAAAACUAUCUUCAAAACAAAAAUUUGGAUAAACCAAUGGCCGCCAUCCAAUGUCUGGAUGUUGUGCUUCGUACAGCUUACGAGAAGAACAACAAUUUCGUAAAAUUUAAACGAUCAGUUUACAUGAUUCCGAAGCAACCGGAAGACGUUGGGUCAAAUCAUGAGCUCUGGUACGGAUUGUUCCAAUCUGCCAUUCUUGGAUCCGUACCUUAUUUGAACAUUGAUGUGUCGCACAAAGCUUUCCCCAGUGGAGGUGAAAUAUUGAAAAUUCUCAGUGAUCUGACUAGAAUCAACAAUCUAAACGAACCACUUCAACAGUGGGCGGAACAAGAACUCAACAACUAUCUGAAAGGCAUGGAGAUCAUGUAUCAUGGGCCGGAUGGAGUUCAAAAACUCUAUAAAUUUAACGGCCUUCGGGGUCCGGCCAACCAACAGAAAUUUAAGAAUCAAGACGGCAUGGAGAUGACGGUGGCACAAUAUUUCCAACAAAGAGGAAAACCUCUGCGAUAUCCCAAUUUGCCGGUGAUGCACGUUGGUAGCAGCGUCAGGAAUGUGAUGCUCCCAAUGGAGCUGUGCACUGUUCCAAGGGGUCAAGCGCUGAAUAAAAAACAUCCAGAUAGAUGUACACAAUUCAUCAUUAGAAAAUCUGCAACGGACACUGCAACAAGAAAGAGAAAAAUAAUGGACAUUUUCAAUCAAAUCGGAUACAAUACAUCAAAAACUGUCAACGAGUUUGGUUUGAAGGUUGGAACGAAUUUUGAAACAAUUGAGGGCCGGAUAAUUAAUCCACCUGGGCUACUGUACGCCAACAAUAGUAUGGUCAAACCAAUGCCCCUAAGAGGCGUAUGGAGAGCGGAUGAUAAAAAAUUCAUUGUCCCAAGUACAGAUAUUACAAAAAAAGAACUCUCAUGGGCCAUACUGAAUUUAGAUUCACGAACACCGCCAAAUAAUGUUCAGGAGUUUGGUUACGGUAUUUUCAAUAUGUCCGGCAAGCAAGGAAUUUCCAUGUCACCAUUCAAUAUGAGAACACAUUACAGACAACCGAAUGUAGAGCAACGCCAAUGGACGAGAGAUCGGACGAUCGACCUAACACUUGAAGAUAUAAAAAAAGAAAAAUUGGAUCUGGUUUUCGUUAUUGUGCCCGAAUCCCGGGAAGACAUUUACGCCAAAGUUAAGCAGAAGGCUGAACUAAGCCUGGGCAUUCUAACGCAAUGCAUUAAAUCGAAUACAAUAUAUAGGAAGCGAACGGAUGCUAGCACCAUCGCCAACAUUUGGCUCAAGAUCAACGCUAAAACUAAUGGCAGCAAUCACGUCAUUGUACCUGGCAACAAACCUCCACUGAUCCGUCAAAAAGUGAUGUUUAUCGGAGCUGAUGUUACACAUCCAUCGCCGGACCAGUCGAAUAUACCAAGUGUCGUUGGUGUAGCAGCCAGUUACGAUCUGGAAGGAUUCCGUUAUAAUUUUUGUUAUCGCCUGCAAGGUCCGCGGGAAGAAAUUAUCUGUGAUCUAGAAAACAUAGUCGAGCGACAGCUGCGACAAUUCCAGAAACAGAACAAUGCCUUGCCCGAGUUACUCAUGUAUUAUCGGGAUGGGGUUUCCGAUGGGCAGUUCAGAGAAGUACUAUCCAAUGAACUGAGGGCCAUACAGGCGGCUAUCGCAAAGUUUGGCCAAAAGUACGCACCGAAAAUCACCUUCAUAGUAGUCCAGAAGCGACAUCACACGCGAUUUUUCCCGGCCGACAGGUGCCCAACUGAGGGAAAGAACCAGAAUCUCCCUCCAGGAACAAUUGUGGACAAAAAUAUCACAACCCCAAAUCAGUACCAAUUCUUCCUGAUAUCGCACGCCGCCGUUCAGGGUGUGGCCAAACCCACCAAAUACGCAGUGCUGUACGACGAUGCUAACUGCAAACCGGAUGAACUGCAAGCGACCACCUACUAUCUCUGCCACUUGUUUGCCAGAUGCAACCGAUCCGUCUCUUAUCCGGCACCGACUUACUAUGCCCAUUUGGCAGCUUACCGUGGUCGAGUUUAUAUAAAAGAUCGCCGUCUCAAUAUGGAAAAUCUCGCCCAAGAAUAUUCCCGUAUGCAGUUGAAAAGCGAAAUUAUCGAUGGACAUCCAAUGUUUUUCGUAUAAAUAUAUACCAAUAUGUGUAAUCUGUUUGAAUUUUUAUAUUAUCUUUGAUUUAUCUCAACUUGACCUGAAUGACAAUUGUUAAAGGGUCUUUAAUAAAUAUGAUUAAUAAAAACAAUAAAUUUAUCAUCGUUCAAAUAAA